CAAAUAUACUCCAAAUAAUCCCUAUAAUUUAUUACAUAAUCGAGUGUUCUUGGCUUCUUGCUAACUAAAGUAUUUACAGUGACCAACUAUAAUUAAAAAUACAUGGAACAGGUUUGAACACUAACCUCGUAAUUUUUGAAGCGAAUCUUUCUACCACAAUAGUUUAUUUUCCAAUCACAAUUCUAUAUUUAUAGUAGUUUCUAGUUACACAAUUUCCAUAAAUUCCAACCAAGCAUUUAUAUUUAGAGCCUUUAUAUUUAUCAAAUUAUGAGCUCUCGUUUUAAUAUACUUCUUCAGAAAAACAAAGUAUAUUCAAAUUCUAGGCCAAAAAUUGAAGCUAAAAAUGUAAACCCAUAAAUAAAGUAUAAAAAUGUAGAUAAAUAAAUAAACAAAAAGAAAGAAUAACUAGUUUUGUGGCGCAAAAAUAUUUAAAAGGCAUUUCGAAUUACAAAACUAUAACUACCACAAAUCCCAAUAAUCUUAAUUCGCUACAUAAAUCGCUAUUGAGAAGCGAUAAAGCAACAGCCAUGCGAGACUUUGCCCGCGUCCCGCGAUGAUGAUCCAUCAAGCUUUAGCUCUCCCUCGUCUUCUUACUUACCCAGUUCUCACCAGAGGAUUUGGGUCUAAUGGAGGCGUCUUUCUGCAUCAAUGUCAAACAAAGAACCCAAGAGUAGCAUUUUGCGCUGCUGAUGAUCAAAUUGCUAAUUCCAAUUCGAAGAUGACAAGGAAAGUAGUGGAGCAUGUGUGUUUAAUCAAAGCGAAAGAGAAUUUGUCUGACAAGGAAGAAAAAGACAUGCUCGAUUAUCUGUACACAUCUCAGUAUCAAAUGAGAGGCAUUGUCGCUAUUUCUGUAGGUUGCAUCGGUGGUAGAAACAAUGAAGAUUACACGCAUGCUCUCUUCAUGCGAUUCCAGAGGAAGGAAGACCUUGAAAAGUUCUAUGAGAACCCUUCCUUCUUGAAAGUUCUCAGCGAGCAUGUAACACCAUUCUGCCAUGGGCUUGUCAAUGUAGACUAUGAAUCAGAAGUCGAAGAUGACAUCCUUUCAAUAUUUCGAAAGGGAGAGGAGUACAACUAUGGCGAGGAGUUUGUUCUUCUGGUUACUUUUGCUAAGAACACUUCUGACAAGAACAUUAAAGAUGCAAUGGAUUCUUUUGCACAGCUAACUUCAUCUCUUCCAUCAUUAAUUGUCCAGUCCACACAAGGUUCAAACUUUAAUGACAGCAGUAAGGAGUUCACACAUGCAGCAGUAGUUCGAUUCCGUUCCUUUGAUGCCAUGGAGAUAUUUGUUGAGGGCAGAGAGUAUAAAGAUAUGUGGAGGUCACAAUUUGAGCCGUUUAUCGAAAAAGCAUUACUUCUUCAUUUCUCUGUGGAUCCUGUGGGUACGGACAUCAUGUGAGACAUAUCACAAAACAUUUCAGCUUGACAUGUAAAAGAUUUGGUUGCUGUGCAUUAUCAACAGAGUUCUCCCUCUAUUCAUUUUGGUACAACAAAACUUGUUGCAGUAAGAUCAAACUUCGAUAAUGCUACUUAUAUAUAUUUCUAAUUGUGAUGACGUUAGCAUUAGAUCUUAGAUAACUGAAUAUAGUUGCAUACUGUUAAUUACAAGUAUUACAGUACGUUACAUAUAGGCGACAAAACCCAGCUUGAAGAAAAAGAUUACACAACCAACUAAGCCAUUGUCCAUGCAAAACUGAAAAUCAAAAUGAUAGUGCAAGACAACAAUUAUUACAAUAAAUUUUGUUUACUUUUUUUUUGUUCUCUUAAUAAUGAGAUUGAAGUUUCAGAAAGGGGAACUCUUUUCUUAAUGUUUCAGGCCAUGAACACGACUCAUAUAUUUUUUUCAAACACGAACCUCUUAAUGCAUUACUAAUUAUAAUUAGUUCCAUAUUGAUUUACUCUCUCCCGUAUUCAUAUUGAUCAAUCAUCUCGAGCAUAUUUGUGAUGAGAUGAUACUUGUCUCCGGUCUUCCACCGUUUUUGACCUUGAUCCUGCAUGGAGUUAAAAUGAAACUAUAUUACCAGUCAUAGUUUUCUAUAGAUUUAGACAUUUUCUUAUGGAUCAUGCAUAAUUUCAAAACUAACGUCGUAAAAAGAAAGUGUUUAUGGAAGAUCACAAUGGAAGAUCAAUGGAGUUCGUAAGAUUGGGUUCUGCUCAAGUACGGUCUAUGGAAAAUUAAGGGAGACGAAACCUCUAGUUAUUUGGCAUCCUGUUAUUUGGUUCAAGAGAGGAAUUCCAAAACACAAAACUCACGCUUGGAUGGUCUUGCUUAAUCGCUGUCCAACUAGGGACCAUCUCCUUUCCUGGGGGCUUCAAACUGAUCACAGAUGCUUACUCUGCAAUCAAGCCGCCGAAUCUCGUGACCACCUAUACUUUGAUUGCAGCUUCUCAACUUUAAUCUGGUCUCACUUCUACAACCGUCUGGGUAUUACAAUGGUGGACAAUUCGUGGUCUACCUCUGUAUCCACCCUUCUCUCUUUGUCUGGUAAUAAUCACAUGAAGUUCCUCUCUCUUCUUUCAUGGCAGGCAUCAAUUUAUUUUAUCUGGAUGGAAAGAAAUGAUCGGCUUCACCGUAACACCCACAGAUCUUCUGAUAAUGUUGUUAAGCGAAUUGAAAGGAUCAUCACCAACCGAAUCUCCUCUUUCCGUCAUCAAAACAACUCUCUCGCAAGUGAGAUUUUGCAGUUCUGGUUUCGUUCAGGUUGAGAAGCACAAAUUAAGGAUCGACGAUUAGAGAAAAGGCUAAUUACAGGGAGUUGGGUUUCUCUGGGCUACUUGAGUUUUUACGGAGCUAUUCUGUUGGGACAUUUGGGCUUGUCUAGGCAAUUACUUUAUUUUGGUUAUAUUGGAUUCUAAAUGGGUUUCUUGUUUAAUUACUAAAGAUGGUUUAUUGUAAUAUGCAAUAAGCUCUUUUGCUACAUUUAAUUUAAUGCAAAGAAAUUGUUCAAAAAAAAAAAAAAAAAAAAGAAAGUGUUUAUUCCGUAUGAAGAAAAAAACAUGAUAGAAAUAUAAACGCAGAAUGAAUAGUUAAAAAAUUUGUUUGUAAGAAGCAUUUUUAAUUGUGAUUUGUGAUGAUGUUUUAUGUGCAUAAACAAAAGACCGUCUGUGCUCGUAAUAUAUGUGAAAUGGUGGUUAAUUAAAAAAAAUGACAACGAAUAUGUGAAUAUAUAUUUAUGCAUUAUUUAUACCGAAUUUACGUGUGAGUAUAGUUUAUUCUUAUGUGUGGGUUAACGCAAAUUAACUAUAUGUAUAUAUAAAAUGAAGGGGCAAUUUGGUUGACAUAAUUUAUCGAAAACUUGUGAAUUAAAGCAUAUAAAAAUGUCUAAAAGUUGUUCUAAAAACAAAAACUUGUUCAUCUUCCACAUUUAAAUAAAACAUUACCCGUCGUCAUCAAGCAUAGUCGAAACUCAUAAACUUUAAUCUAAUCGCAAAAUAUAAACCCAAACCCCAAAUUUCAAAACUCUAACAACCGUUUAAACCUCAUAAAAUUUCACCACCGUCAAACUUUAUCUCGAUUCCUUGUCAGUCGUUGUAUGUGCGAAUGUCUUUCCUCAAAAAAGAUAGGCUGGCAAUGAUAAUGAAGUGAUGAUCCAAAGAAGCCAUAGAUACUUCUGUCUCUCUCACUCCAAUUUCUCCGCAGUUUCAACGCUUCGUUUACAUAUACGUCGCUACUAUAAAUUAAUAAUUAACAAAUCACAGUUCUAGUUUAAAUAAGAAAUCCAAGAUAUCAAAAGAUAAUAUAUUCGUUUAGUUAGGUAUGCAUAUAAAGAAUUAUAGAUAUAUAUGACUAGUAUAGUGAUGAGCAUGC